AACAGCAGUGAGCAGCUGAUAGAGGAUAGGGUGGGGAAGUUGGGUUAUUAAGUUCACCUACUACACGGAAGGGUCUUUCCAAAGUACUUAUUUUGCCAUGAAGCUGGAGAGGUGUGCCAACUGCCUCAGUAGGGAAUGUGUGAAGCCAGUGAAAGUGGAAAAGAAGCCAGGGAAAAGCUCUGGUAUAAUCAGGAUUGAAGAUGAUGGUAGUUACACUCAGCUGAACCAGGAUGGAGGUAUCAAGAAACUUGAAAAAGCAAAAAUAACCUUGAAUGACUGCUUGGCCUGCAGUGGUUGCAUCACAUCAGCAGAAAGUGUAUUAAUCACACAACAAAGCCAUGAAGAACUGUACAAAGUUUUGAACCAAAGCAAAGUAUCUGGUUCUGCAAAUCAGAAGCUGGUGGUGGUGGUUUCAGUUUCACCACAAUCCAGGGCAUCAUUAGCUGCAAGAUUUAAGCUCCAAGUUACAGACACUGCACGACGGCUGACAGCAUUCUUCAAAAAUCUAGGUGUUCACUAUGUGUUAGACACAACCUUCUCGAGAAACUUCAGCUUGCUGGAGAGUCAGCAUGAGUUUGUGCAGCGUUACCACAGGCGCAAGGAUGAUAGCAAAGCCCUACCAAUGCUGGCCUCUGCUUGUCCAGGUUGGAUCUGUUAUGCAGAGAAAACCCAUGGCAGUUAUAUUAUUCCCUAUAUCAGCACAACAAAAUCUCCGCAGCAGGUGAUGGGCUCUUUAGUCAAGGACUACUUUGCAAAGCAACAGAAUAUGACACCAGAUCAAAUAUACCAUGUAACAGUGAUGCCGUGUUACGAUAAAAAACUAGAGGCUUCAAGGGAAGACUUCUUUAGUGAAGGAUACCAAACAAGAGAUGUGGACUGUGUAAUUACUUCAGGUGAAGUGUUGAAAAUGUUAGAACAGGAGGGACUUUCCUUGACAAACGUGGACCCUGUGCCAUUGGAUACUCUGUUCAGUAGUGUGGCUGAAGCUGAAGUGAUUGGGCAUUCUGGUGGAGGUUCGGGUGGAUAUCUGGAACAUGUUUUCAAGCAUGCUGCUAAGGAGCUCUUUGGAAUUGAAGUACAUGAAAUUACGUAUAAAAUACUCAGGAAUAAAGAUUUCCAGGAGGUAACAUUGGAACAGGAUGGGAGUGUUCUACUCCGCUUUGCACUAGCUUACGGAUUCAGAAAUAUUCAAAACCUUGUUCAAAAGUUGAAACGUGGAAAGUUGAUCUAUGAUUAUGUGGAAGUGAUGGCUUGUCCUUCAGGUUGUCUCAAUGGUGGUGGCCAAAUACGAACGGAGGGAUCCGAAUCCAGUAAGGAUUUGUUGCAGCAAGUUGAGGAACUGUACGCAAGUGUGAAGGUCCAGGCACCAGAAGCAAAUGAGUCCAUUAAGAAACUCUAUGAACAGUGGUUUGGAAGUACUGAUAGCAGCAAAACUUUGAAAAUGCUGCAUACACAGUACCAUGCUGUGGAGAAAAUGAAUAAUGCCCUGAAUAUUAAAUGGUAGCGAUAUUGAAAACAUCAAAGUCUGUACUGAAAACACAUGGUGGGCAUUAACAAGAUCCUGCUGUGGUACGUUUUUUGUGAAAGACACUGAUGAUUUUUUUGCAUUGGAAUCUUCAUGUUUUGAAGGCACAGGCUUACAAGUUACAAAUAGAUGUUCAGAUUGCAGCCAGAACUAAUUUUCUACCAGUCAUAAGUGGAAGGAAAAUGAGAAGUAUGCCUCGAUUGCUUGCUAUAAUCAGUAGCAUUGUCAAUCACUUAUUACAGGACAAUCAUAUGGGAAUAACUAUUACCCCUUCUGGUUCAACUUGUAACUUACAGGGAUAAGUUAAAAGGAGGAGGAAAUACUUCCAAAGUAUUCUGCCAUUGAAGUAAAUUGAACACAUUUUCCUGCAAAGACACUAGACUGAUUUUCCACUUCGUCUGGUGGGAACUGGCUGAUAACAUGAUAAAUUGUGGUGCAACACUUACUGCUUUGUUUCUAUGGUUUCUUUGGCUAAUGCUGUUUAGGUGGCAGCCUUGAAACCCUUGUCUCCAGAAACAGGCAGGAGUCUUAUUGGCCUAUGUAAAUGUCACUAGGACCCUGGUGCAAUUUUCAAGGAUACUGAAGACCACUUAAAAGGUUAGUCUAAGGUUUAAAAUUGAUUUUUGUUGGUCAGGUGAAGCAUUAGCGCUCCUGGCCACACAAAAGUGAAAUGCCUAACCUACAUGCAGUUUACCUCUGGGUGAGCUGCUCAUCACGAGCAACUUACUGACACACCACUAUCUGCUGCCCAAUGAAAUUGGUCACCUGAAAAUCAGUGGCAGGUUUUAUUUCCCUUCCCCUCUGAGACGUACAGGCAGAAAGUAGAGACAGUACCUACAGGGGAGCAGCUCAUAGGAAAUAAAGAUCUGCAUGCUCUCUGGUACUGGAUCACAGUCUGAAAGUGACCUUGCUGGAAAAAUUAAACACCACUACUUGGAAGUUUCCCAGCACCUAUCUUGGGAAUAAACGAGUGCCUUCUUUGGUCACAGUGGACAGCAAAUUCUUUAUAAUAAUAAAAUAGUAAAUAAUACUGGAAAGCAUUUCUUCAUGUUAAUCACUACUGAGUUUGUAAAUGACCAAGAUUCAGCAUAUAUGGUUAAGGCUGUUAACCUAUCCCAAAAUCAUUUCUAAUAAGUUCAGAUUCUCAACAAUAUUGGCUGCAGCCUUGGAUGAAAAGGAUGACUAUUGUUCUUGGAAUUUAUUUCCUGUUUUCACACUUCCCUGUGGAAUUACAUGAAUAAACUACCUUUUUAAUAAUACACUUGUUAAAGAGGCGAGAAAGGAAAAUAUUGCUCCAAAGAGAAAUUUAAAAUAAAAUGCAAACGUGUGAUUCUGUUACUGUUUUCUUUUACAAACUGCUGUAUAAUUUGAUUUGUAUACAAAGCCUGCUAAAGGUGAUAUGCAAUGUCGACAGUCAACAAUAUACGUUAUGUAAUUCUGUAAAUGGUAAAUGUAAUUAUUUUUCAACAUUCAAAAUAAAGUUUAAAACUUUAA